AUGUCGGCGGCACUUGCCAACAAGAAACUACAACGUUCGCCAGUCAUUGAGAACAUUGUCAAUGCACUAUUGUUCUCGGCCAAUGACAAUGAUGAGACUGUCCGAAAGAGUGUCAUCUCUUCAAUCUAUGACAUUGGUUUCCGUCAACCCAACACUGUACUGGCAUUGGCUUGUGACUAUUUGAACAAGAAUCAAAAGAUUGAUCUUGUACAUAGAGUAACAAUACUAAAGUCAAUGCAUCAGAUACUUGGUGAGAAGCGUGAUGAGAUUGUUGAUUCAUUAUGCUUGGAUCUCAUAAAGAUGUCUACCAUUGGUGACUUUAUUGGUUCCAAUCCCGUACCAACUGUACCACGUAUUAGAGAUGUAUUAUCACGUGUACUACCUGUUCUUGCAUCGAUCAAGCAUGAUAAUAUCAAAUGGGUGUUUGCCUCUGCUCUUGGAAACUUUGCUGAUGCUAUCGUUGCCUACGUCUCCAACAUUGAUGCCGGCAGCGACAAGUCAUUGACUCUGUACACAUUCAGUUCAGAGUUUUAUCCGGCAUUGGAGUUGAUGUUUAGCAAGUGGCUGUCGAGCAGUCAGGAUAAGGUGCGUCUUGUCACCAUCCAAUCUAUCGGUUCAAUCUGCUCGAUCCUCGCCGUUGAACAAUUGGACGCACAGGCCAAUCGUAUCAUCACCGGUCUAUUGCCAAUGUUUAAGAAGGAGAAGGAUGUGUUGCCAGUGUGCCAGGCAUUGGCUCACAUCCUAGAGGUCUGCGUCAAGAAUGACCUAAAGGUUCAGAUCGAGUUGUUGUUGCCAUCCAUCAUGAUGACCCUCCAUCCACUGGUGUGCAUCAUACCAGACUUUAACAACCCUGCCUCAUCAAAGUUGUUCAACGAAGUGUUGCACUGCUUUGAGAUCAUUGGACGUGGUUUCCCCGAUCAACUCGUAUCGUUCCUUUCACAGCGCCUGGAGAUUAAGGAUCCAAGAUCACGUGCUGGAUCACUGUCCAUCAUCAAGCACGCCAUCUCUCGUUUGGAUGCAGAGUUGGGAGAGGAGAGAAAGAUGAUGAUACUAUCUGCAAUCAAGCCUCUCAUUGGUACAGAGACCUCAUUGUUUGUCAAGAAGUAUCUGGCUCAGGUGGUCGUAUCAAUGGCAUCAAACGGCUACAUCCAUUUGGAGGGUGGAUUGUGUCUGGUGGAGUUUGUCAUUAAGGGAUCCAGCUACUUUGUCGACACAGAGAUUGGCAAGCCAGCGCCUCCCCAGGACAAGAAGAAGGAGCCAGUCAACGAGAUGACCGUCACAGAGUAUGAGUUUAGAAAGAUAUGUGACGACAUUCUCAAUCUGAUCACUACCACGGUGCCCAACAUGGAGACUGUACUGUGGCCCUACCUCUUUGAGUUUAUCACACCGAUCGAGUACAGUGGAGCCUGUGCCAUAUUGGCCAAGUGCGUUGGAUUCCUUGCGUGGAACAGACGUGAGCAGGAGGCCGAUGACUAUUACAUUGACUUUGACAAGGAGGUCAACCUGCCCAAGCCAACACAGAUCAUUGCAAGAUACUUUGUUCUUUUGACCGCUCCACACCGUCGCAACGAACAGGGCACACGUAUUCUCGAGGCAAUGCGUGCCAUUGGACCAAUCCUACAUCCAUCGAUCUGUGACAUGUGGGACGUCACACUACCCAAGCUGGCGCAAUUCCUCGUCGACCACCCCGACAAUGAACAAUUCAACAAGAACCAAUGGGAGGAGCUUGUUCUACGUCUACUGUCCGAGACGAUCAAGAACGCCGCCGACGAUGAAUGGACCGUUGCACUGGGCACCUGCACGUCUGACCAGAUUGAUCAUUACAAGCGCGAUCCCAUCCUCAAGCGCUCGCUCUACAAGCAACUGGGCUUGGUGAUGCAAAAGUGUUCGCACAAGGAGUUUGUCAAGACCAAAAUCGAGGCAAUGUUCAACUCGGUGGACUACACCAGCGCACUAGAGAAUGAAGGAUGUGCCGUUGGUCUGGGCUACUGUGCCGCCUCCCACUUUGACAUUCUUCUCGAGAAGAUUGGACUGUUUAUCAAGAACAACAUGGCCAAGAAGACUGGAUUCUUUAAGAAAUCAGGACCAAAGGGUAUCAAGAACUGUGUGCUCCUCAGUUUGGCGUACGCCGCCACCUACUCUCAACCAGUGUUGUUGUCGACACGUGUCGAAGUUCACAUGCUCACACCAAUCAGACCAUCGAUCAGCAUUCUAAAGAAGCCAUUGAAGAAGCUGUCGGCCAUCAAGAUGAUUGAUUGCAUUGGUAGAGCACUGCACCACGACAAGGUACCAAACUUUGUCUUUAAACAACGUGAUGAGUUGUUUAAGUUGUUGGUGCAAUAUAUGGCCACACCACCACCCUCUGUCAACUACCAAGUCAAGAUUGAGGGUAUCAGUGCAUGUUCCACUCUGGCCAAACUACAACCAACACUACCAUUGGACCUUGAGGGUCAGAUUGUUACAUUGUUGCUUCAAUUCUAUGGAGCACAGGCAGCCAGUGCACCAGCCGACGACUCUGCCGAUGUCAACAAUAUGGUGUCUCAGAUCAACACAUUCUUCUCCACAAUCCUCUACACUCAGACCUCUAUAGUCUGUCUGAACCGUCUGGUCCAGUACCUCGAUCCAUUGACCCGUGCCAAGGAGGCACACCUACGUGAGAGAUCAAUUGGUUGCAUCCUCUACUUGGUCAAGAAGUUUAUCGAGUACUCUACAGACGCCGAGCAGAUACCCGCCGAGAAGAAGUUUGAGCACAUUGGUACAUCACUGUCUGUGAUCAUACCAAGAUGUGCUGAUCCCGAGCCAACCGUUCGUAAGAAUGCAGUGGAGACCAUUCAGUUGAUGUUGUACAUUGACUAUAUGCUCAAGAAUGUGUCCUACGAGAACCGUCGUGUCAAGCCAGUGGACACCAUCCACCCACUCACUCAGAUCAAGGAGAGCAUAACCACCACCGACGUUAACGAACAGUUCACAUUGGUGUUUGAGAUCUCUGGCAUCAUCUCAAAGAUGUUGGUGAUUGAGGAGAUACCAACGUUCUUGGAGAGCAGUCUCAAGGGACUUCAAGACGUACAUACGUUCAGUACCAAUGGCACAUGCAUCAUGAUCAAUGGUUUGAUCAAGAACCGAGGUGGAGAACUACUGGACUAUGUACCAAUGCUCGUCAAGGGAUUGCUCAGCUCGAUGGAGGGUAUCACGUCGGAUACCACAAUGAAUGGUACAUUGGUAUCAUUGAGGAGUUUGGCCACUCAUCAUCUCAUCUCUGUGCUCACUGUACUGUUGGACUUCCCAAUGCCACACAGCACCCAUGUGAUCAAGUCAUUGCAGAUCAUUGCCAAGGACAAGAACUUGGUGGUACCAACCAUCACUCAUUUGAUGGACCUCUUGAACAACAAACCAAUAUAUGAGGACAAGCCAGACCCCAAGGACAAGAAGAAGACUGUUCCAUCACCAUAUCUGAUUGCAUUGGCAGCCACCUGUUCAAUUGGUGAGAUUCUCCAAUUGGAAGAGUUCUCUGAUAUUGCCGGAGUGUACUAUUGUCAAUUGUUCUCAACAUUGGCCCUUCGUGCUGGUACUACCAACAACUCAUUGCCAGGUUUCAUUGAACCACCUGCAAACAAUCCAAAGGCAAAGAGAGUAGAGAUUAUACCGUCACAACAAAUGGUAACAUCAUUCAAACAAUUCUUUAAAUGUACAAAGGAUUUAGAGAUAUUGGAGGCAUUGGAGACCAAGGGCAGUAUGACAUCAUUGGAGGGACCAACAUAUCAUAUUGCAAUCCAAGAGAUCACUGCUCAGUUUGCACAGGCUCAUCCUGAUCUACUUAGAGGAGUGUUUGACUACUUGAUCCCCUACCAACGUGCCAACUACGUUCCACAGAGGAUCAUUGCACUGUCUGUCUUUUCAGAGAUGAUCAAUCAUUGCAAGGAUAAGGAGUUGCUUCAACGCCUGAUCAACACUCUAUUGAACUCGCUGGUGGAGCCAGCUCUCAAGUUGAUCUCUCUCAAGGGUCUCAGUAAUGUGGUGUCGGCCGGAGAGGAGGCCACCAACAGAUACGCACCCACCGUCAUUGACGCCAUAUCAUCGGCGAUUGAUGACGCAGACGAGGUGAUGGCCAUGGAGGCUAUGCUCGGUCUAUCACGUAUCUUUGCUCUGGUGGACGAGGCACGUGUCGCACCAAUCCUCGUCAACAUUUGCAACCGUAUCAAGCCAGCAUUUGAGAAGCCCAACAAUGAGAUCCGUGCCGCAGCCUUUACUCUGUUUGGAUCAUUGUGGAGAUUCGGCUCUGGUAUGGCCAGUGACUCGUUCUAUGAGCAGAUUCAUUACAACCUUCCAUCGAUCGUUAUGCAUCUCAACGACGAGGCACCAGUGGUCAGAGCAGCCUGCAAGACAACGCUCAGACAACUAUCACAGUUGUUGAGAACAGAGGAUGCUGUACUACUGUUCAACAGGAAGUGUUUCGAUGCCAAUGAUGCAACGUUGGACUAUGAUGUAUUCUUGGAUGACCUAUCAAAGUUAUUUAUUGCAAUGUACAUGGAUAGGAUUAACUUCUUUGUAAUGACAGUGAUUGAAUACUUUAAGAGCAAUUGGACCCAGUUGCGUAGCAAUGCUGCAACACUUACAGGAUUCAUUCUGGGCAACAUGCCCGAGGAGAAGAAGACUGCAGUCAAUCCAUCGAUCAUCACCAAGGCUGUGGUGUCACUAUUGAAUGAGAAGUCACCUCUGGUCAGGAAGAGGGCGGCCGAUGCUCUCUCCCUUUUGCACACUUAUUAA